AUGGUGAGUGAAAGGGGGAUCGAUGCCAACCCCAACAAGAUCAAAGCUAUCAGUGAUCUCCUGGAGCCGAAGAGCAUCCGGGACAUUCAGAAGUUGACCGGGAGGAUGGCGGCUCUCACGAGAUUUGUUUCCAAAUCGGCCAAAAAAGCCUUGCUAUUCUUUAAGAUACUCAGAGGAAACAAGAAGUUUGAGUGGGGGGAAGAGCAGAAGCAAGCCUUUGAAGGAGUAAAAAAGCACUUCCUGAAACUGCCAACCAUUACCCGACCAGAGUUGGGGGAGAAGCUGCAGUUGUACGUAUCGGUAACCGAGAAGACAGUCGCGGCAGUAUUACUAGUAAACCGGCAGGGGCAGCAAAGCCCAAUAUACUUUGUCAGUCACGUGGUAGCAGGCGCUGAGCAAAGGUAUGAGCUACUAGAGAAGAUGGCCUAUGCCGUCUUAAUUGCAGCAAGGAAGCUCAGACCAUACUUUGACUCUCACACUGUUCAAGUCUUUACCAAUCAUCCCCUGGAAAAGGCUCUCCACAAGCUGGACACCACAGGCAGACUAUUAAAAUGGGCAAUAGAGCUCUCGGAGUUUGACAUAGAAUACCGGCCGCGUACCGCAAUCAAAGCCCAAUCACUAGCUGACUUCAUAGUGGAGACAACCUACACUGAGACGAUAGAAUCCACCGGCAGGUGGAAAAUUGAGGUAGAUGGAUCAGCGGCCCAGAGUGGAGCUGGGGCCGGGGUUGUCAUGACGUCCCUAGAAGGGGAAAUCUUCGAGCAUGCCAUCCGUUUCGGGUUUAAAGCCUCCAACAAUGAAGUUGAGUACGAAGUAGCCCUGGCCGAACUAAGUCUGAGCAUUGCGGCUGGAGCCAAAAACGUCACCAUGAUAACGGACUCGCAGUUAAUAUCGAGCCAAAUAGAAGGGACGUAUGAAGCUAGAGAACCGGUAAUGCAGAAAUACCUCAACCUAGUCAAGAGCAUGGUAAAAGGGUUGCAGAGCUUUGAAGUGCAAUUGGUUCCGAGAGCAGAAAACAUGGCGGCAGAUGCCCUAUCAAAGUUGGCAAGCUCCAGUCUCAGUGACAAGAAAAGGAGCGUCAUGGUAGAGACGUUAAAAGAAAGAAGCAUAGAGGUUAUCCCAGUGUCCGUUAAUACAAUCACCUCUGAACCAGAAUGGUACGAUGGUAUUUUGGCAUAUAAAGUCAAGGGUGAGCUCCCGGAAGAUAAGAUGGCGGCGAAAAAAUUGAAAAGAGACUCUGUUUGGUACUGCGUCUUUCAAGGACAGCUGUACAAGAAAGGAUUCUCGUUGCCUCUGCUAAGGUGCGUCACGGCCCACGAAGCAACGAAAAUAAUUGAGGAGAUUCAUGAAGGGGUCUGUGGGAACCAUAUCGGUGGAAAGGCGUUGGCACUUAAAGCGCUGAGAGCAGGUUUCUACUGGCUCACAAUGCUAGCGAAUGCCCAAGCCUAUGUAAAAAAGUGUGACAAAUGUCAAAGGUUUGCGCCGGUGAUAAACCAACCGGCCAAUGACCUUCAGCCAAUCUUGAACCCAAUCCCUUUCGCACAGUGGGGGAUGGAUAUAAUAGGGCCCUUCACACCGGCAUAUGGGGGAAGAAAAUUCCUGAUAGUGGUGAUUGAUUACUUCACGAAAUGGAUUGAGGCAGAACCAACAACAAAGAUAACGGCCAAUCAGGUAAAAAAGUUUAUCUGGCAGAACAUCAUCACUAGGUUCGGCAUCCCGAUGGGGAUAGUGAUGGACCAUGGCGUCCAGUUUGAUUGCGGCCCAAUACGCGACUUUUUGCGUCCCUACAACAUCAAGUUUGCCAACUCAUCAGUUUGCCACCCUCAAAGCAAUGGCCAGGCUGAAGCUGCUAACAAACAGAUCCUCAAUGCCCUAAAAAAGAGGUUAGAUGAAUUGAAGGGAGCAUGGGCCGACAUGGUACCAGCAGUAUUAUGGUCCAGCAGGACUACUGAAAAGGAGGCCACCGGAGAAACACCGUUCAGGUUAGCUUUCGGAGCAGAAGCAGUAUUACCAGUAGAAGUGGGAUUACCCAACUGGCGAAUCCUGAACUACGAGCCAAACUUAAACGAACAGAUACACAAAGAGGACCUAGAUCUCUUACCGGAGGUCAGAUUGGCAGCAGAGCUGAGGUCGGCAGCAUAUAAAGACCGGAUAAGCAAGGCCUACAAUAAAAGAGUACGAAGCCGCCCUAUCUCCAAGAAAGACCUCGUCCUCAGGCGAACGGCCGCAACUGGAAAAGCCCAUGUAGAUGGGAAGCUUACGGCUAAUUGGGAAGGGCCUUACUUGGUCAAAGAAGAAAUAGUACCAGGGUCCUACCGGCUUGAAGAUAUGGCAGGCAAGCUACUGAAGAACAGUUGGAACGCCAGUGUCCUUAAAAGAUACUACGUAUAA